AGUGACCAAUCAGAUGCGUCCUCCAGAAAUCAACGAGGAAGUCGUUUUCAGGCGCGAAUCUUGUAUCCUUUGGAGAAGCGUUACUGCAUUUUCUGUAUUUUCUCGGAACUAAACGCUACAAAAAUGGCUGAACUCACCUUUCCCGUGUAUUCGGCGGAUGCCCUAGUUAACUUCUAUCGAGUUGAAGUGUUGACCGGACAGGAGGCCAAACACUUCAGUAAGAGCGAUCUUAUCCCUGUUCCCAAGCCCGAGUCCAUUCAGACGCUCUACAUGAGAGUGUUACACCUGCUGUACCGCUUCAGACCCGAGUUGCACUCCAUGGUCCCACUUUUGGUGAACAUCGCAAACCCUCAGUACCACGAGGCGACUCUGGCCAUCACCAGCGUCUUCGUGCUCAUGCGUAAGUUUCUUCCCAUCUGCAUGGUGCACGAUUUCGCCCUGAGUGACCUCCUAGUUCCAAAAAAGCAGAGGACCCUGACUAUUCUGAGCGCCAUCAUGAACUAUCUUCACUUCAGGAAGCUGAGGAUGGUCAUGAUCCAUGAGAAGACAUCCAAACUAAGGGCAGGCAGGGACCGGCUGCAGGCUUUGCACAAAGGCAUCUCUGAAGCCCAGAAGAAGAUCGAGACGCUGAA